AUGAUCCCAUUCCGGAUUGAAUUGUAUGUUGUGAUCUCAAAAUUUAAUCCAUUUUCUCUCUCUCUCUCUCUCUCUCUCUCUCUCAUUCUUUCUUUCUUUCUCUCCGUUUUUCUCUCUCUCUUUCUCGCUCUCUCCUUUCGUUCUCUCUCUUUCUCUCUUUCAUUCUAUCUCUCUCUUUCUUUCACUCAUUCAGAGAGAAUUUUAAUCUUUCCUAUCUCUUUCCAUUUAAUAUUAAUUUAUUUCUCUAUGGCUCUCUUAAUAUUCCUCUAUUUCGCUGUCGCUUCUUCUUCCCUCGCCUCUCUCCCCCAUCUCUCUCUCUAUCUAUCUAUCUAUCUGUCCAAACAUUCUUUCUCUCCUUUUCCCUUUUUCUUUACAAUCAUAUCUUGCCCUCUCUCCUCUCCUUUCCACCUCUUUCUCUUUAUUCUUUUCGUUCAUGACUUACUCUCUCUCUCUCUCUUCUCCUUCCACCUCAUUCCAUUUUUCUUUUCGUUCUCUCCUCUCCUUUUCUACUCUUUCCCUUUUUAUUCUUUCAAUCCUUUUUCUUUCAAUCGAUUUUUCUACUUUUCCUCAUGUCUUUCAUCUCGUCUUUCUCUUCACCCUUCUCUCUCUCUCUCUCUCUCUCUCCUGUUUUUUUUCUUUUGUGGUUAUAUUGGUUUACUUUCUUUGAAUUAUGAAUAUUUUGAGAAGUUGGUCGGUCAAUCUAUCUAUCUAUCUAUCUAUCUAUCUAUCUAUCUAUCUAUCUAUCUAUCUAUCUAUGUAUCACACACUGACAAUAGUAAGUCACAUUCUGAGCGGCCCUCUGCUCAGCUGUCAAUUCAUAAGGUAAAGAGUCCAUGA